AUGUAUGCUGCAGAGUUCACCACAAAUGCUGACCAGCACUAUUGCGAGUAUGCCAACUGUUUUAGCGGUCAUCCUGGCACUGUACCUGCUAUCACCUAUAUUGAGCACAAAGAUCCGAGCAAGCCCGGUAAAUGGCUUUGUGAAAAAUGCAGCCGAUACCAGCGCUCCAAGUUCACUACCAAGAAAAUAAGUGAUGCAGUAAUUCCAAAUACCUCGAAGCAUGGUUUCAGCCAGUCCGAAUAUGAUGGUGCUGCAGUUCACAAGCAGACUGCAGAGGCGCAGUGUGGAAAAUCCCAACUUCCUGUUCGUGCAGUGGGGCUUAGUGUAUCAUGUGGGAUGCCUCCACCUGCAUUCAUCCAGGUCCCGUUCACCCGAGGCACGCCUCAGCAAAUCAUCAAUUUGUUCCUUCACCCAACUGGCCUGCAGCUCCUGGCCCCUCAGACAUUCACCAUGCAAAUCCAUUAG